GUAUGGAGAGUGCAAUCACCCUGUGGCAGUUCCUGUUGCAGUUGCUGCUGGACCAGAAGCACGAGCACCUCAUCUGCUGGACCUCCAACGAUGGUGAGUUCAAGCUGCUCAAGGCGGAGGAGGUGGCCAAGCUGUGGGGGCUCCGGAAGAACAAGACCAACAUGAACUACGACAAGCUGAGCAGAGCCCUGCGCUACUACUAUGACAAGAACAUCAUCAAGAAGGUGAUUGGGCAGAAGUUUGUGUACAAGUUCGUCUCUUUCCCUGAGAUCCUGAAAAUGGAUCCUCACACGGUGGAGAUCAGCCGGGAGAGCCUCUUGCUGCAGGACAGCGACUGUAAGGUGGCCCCCGACAAGCACGGCUUGGCCGCCCUCAAGAGCACGAGCCGCAACGAGUACCUCCACUCGGGCCUGUACUCGUCCUUCACCAUCAACUCCCUGCAGAACCCCCCGGAGGCCUUCAAGACCAUCAAGACGGAGAAGCUGGAGGAGCCCCUGGAAGACAGCCCCCCGGUGGAAGAGGUCCGGACUGUGAUCAGGCAAAAAACCCAAAGGCUUGGAAAUCUCCGCACCCCCGCUGGUGCUCUCGGGCACCGACCUCGGCUCCAUCGCCCUCAACAGCCCAGCGCUCCCCUCGGGGUCCCUCACCCCCGCCUUCUUCACCGCGCAGUUCCCCACACUGCUCAAUGGCCACAUGCCAGUGCCAAUCCCGGGUCUGGACAGAGCUGCUUCUCCAGUACUGCUCUCGUCAAGCUCUCAGAAGUCCUGAUGACGUCUGGCCGCCAUGAAGGACUCAUUACUGAUGAAACAAAUCUGUCCCCAUGGGCUAGUUUACCUGUGUCACGAGAAGGACAUUGUGAAACCCUCUAUUCAUUUGGUUUGCACUUUUCAUAACAUGGAUAGUUUAGAUUUGUGUUAGCAUUUUAAAAACUGGUUUUUUUUAUAUAUUCAAGUAUAUAUGAAAAUCUGUUUUACAUUAAGUGAAUUUUAAUGUUUUUUUAUAUCCUCUUAGUUCUUAAAUGUGGAACACUGUUGACAGUGAAGAACUUUCCUUAAUGUUUUCAGUAUAACUAAUAAGGAUGUGAAGCUUUUUUCUUUAAUUCUGCCUAUGCUGAACUGCGCUUAUAUACACACUAUAACCAGCUGUGCCUUCCUUUGCAUUUACUUUUAUGUAAAUGAUUUAUAUAUUUUUUAGUAUUAAGAGAAAAUGUUUGAAAGACAAAAAUUAGUAUUGAACAGAUCUCUAGUAGAACUUCAUUAUUUUCACAAGUAGGCUACAUAUGAAAACAUGUAUCACUUUUUCUUUUUUGCUUUCAACUGUAGAAUUGCCUUAGAACCUCUUCUGAAAUGAAAUUCAGUAAAUGUAAUGUCCAAAUAAUGUUUUUAUAAAAAAUAAACUAAGCCAUAUUUAGACAAUAAGCCCUCAUAAGUGAAAAUGUUCUACAGUACAUUUUCAAAAAAUGAACUUUGAAAGGGUAGCUUUUUAACUGUUUGUCUAACUAAAAGCUGAAGUCCAACCACCUAAACCCCCAGAAUACUUCCUAGGUUAGCAUGUUUAUAUUUUAAAAACAGCCCAGACUGCCCUAUCUUCCAUAGAGAAUCACAUUCAGAUACUUACUGAGUCAGCGGAAGUCAGAGUUUCUCUAAAUCCCUAGAACUUUAAUUAACAUUUCAAAAAAAUGUAGUGUUUUGGAAGAGGCUCAGGCUGGUGAUAAAUUCCAACGAAGAAGCAAUUCUGGCAUACCAGGAGUCUUUGUACAUCUAGGCUUCCACAAUUUUUGAUGGAUCAAAAAAAUGCACUGUGUCACAAAUACAGAACUGGAGGUACUGGAGGCUCUGCCUGUGGAGCUUGGAACAGGAUGCACUGUUUUACGUAUUACUAAAUUUAUGGUGAGAAUGAAGGAAAUCUGGUAAAAGGAAAAUUCUUCAGGAACCUCAUCAUGGUGGAAUUGAACUGAUUAUGUAACAAUCUGGAGCCUUCUGCAGUCCGUUCUUUUGUGUAGUGUAGUUUAGAACAGUGAUAACAGAAACACAUUUUCUGUUCUUUCAAAAAAAUCAGUAGGCAUCACUUCAGAGGCGCUAUCUAUUCAUGAAAUAGGAAAGACCAAAAUCAAGAUAAGAGAGCUAGAAAGUGCCCGGUGCUUUAAAUUCAAAACUAGGUUAACUAUAAUCCUUAACGAUAACUCACAGAAACCACUUUGAAGUAUGACUAAGUAAUUGAUCCAAAACAAAAAGAACAAAAACAGGCAUUUAAAAGGCAGGGAUUAUAAGAACAAAUUUCUUGAAUUUUCAAAACAAAUCUAAAAAUUAUGUUGAUACUUAUACAUUUUCCUUCGGAAUCGAACACCCCUGGAUGUGGACAUGCGUGCCCUUACUACUUUAAAACCGCUGACUGUGAAGUAAUGGACUGGUUCCAAAAUCCACAACUACAGCAACUAUGUUCCUCACUCAUCAUUAAUGAUAAUUCUGUACUCAAACAAACGAGCUGGUAAUGACAGAAUGGAAAUGUUAGAGCUAGAAGGGCCCUUCAGAAAGGGUCCCUCUAACUGGUUCUGGGUACCCAGAGGUGGCUGGAAGUUACCCAGGGCCACACAGCUCACCGAAGACAGUGCAAUGGCAGGUGUUAAUGUUUCUUGUUUCUCUGAAGCCUAGCUGUAAGUAACUGCUGGUCCAAAAUUAUGUUAGGUAAAGAAACACAUGAACACAUCCAAAAUGCAAGAUUCUUAUAAAGGAACUUAAGGAAGUUAAUGUGUGAAAAUUUCAAUGGGAAGUAUUAUUUUCAAUAGUUUUAAAAUGUCAGUGUUGAUUGGAAACACAUAAAUAACUACAAAUCUGAUAUUCUUUCCCCCAAAUACUGUGCUUAACAUACAUAGUAGAUCCGUUUAUUAGAAAUGAAAAAGCAUCACUUUUUUAAUGGAUCAGAAUAUUUGCUGUAAUGCAAACAAAAAUGGAGAUAUUGAAGAGUAACUCUUGCAGCCCUGCCUCGUUUGUGUGUGUGUGUGUGUGUGUGUGUGUGUGUGUGUGUGUGUGUGUGUAUUUAGGUUCCAAAAACAUGAACUUCUUCUUCUGUAAGGUUUUCUUCAUCAGUACUAAACCGAUAUGGCUAAGGUUUGCUAGAACUAUCUAACCUGAAUGUUGGUCUGUUUGUAUACAUCUUUUCUAUUAUUGCAGAUUUUCAUUCACUUUCAUAUAUGUAUCAUUUUUACUGUAAUAUUAUUUUUGUUGAAUAAAUACUUUGUGAUAAAAGGUG